AUGACAGUGUAUCGCCCAGUUGUCGAAAUUCAGUCGAGAAUAGUUGGUUACGGAGGUAAGUGCAUCAGAGGAUUUAGCGCCACUCUCCCUAAUCAUCCCAACUGUCCUGAACCAGAUAUAACUUUCAAUAAGAUAAGAAGUGUAUUAAUUGAUGAAGUUUUUGCGCGAAGUGGAUGUCAUCAUGGACACGACUGGGCUAUUAUUGAAUUAGAAGAAAGGUGCCGAUUCUUCGUCUGCCUUCAAAAAUUUCAUAUCAGAAAUGUACUCGAGAUGUAUUCGCUAUUUGGACGUCUUUUGCAAAAGAUGGAGGAAGCGAAAAACUUCUCUUUUGAAAAGUACUGGCAAAAGGAGACCAAUUUAAAUUUACCUUCGGAUGGGGAGGAAGCGAGAAACAGGACUAACAGGAUCCAGUUUGCUAGGUUAAAUAAAAGAGGCAUAAAUAAGAGGAUAGAAGGAAUUACCAUUAAGGUCUCUACUUGGGAAGAUAAAGGUAGAGAAAUGCUCAAAAAAGUCUUUAACGAAAGUGGACCUAUGAUCCAUGAGAUUCCUAUGAUCGUGGACCCAAAGUGCGAUAGACCAAGAACGGACAAGCUACCAAGCACCGCUUCUGACUAUCUCUGCGCGACGUCAAUGAACACUGAUGAUUAUUUCGCUCCGAGAACGUGUCAUGGGGACAGUGGUGCAGGUAUGGAGCAAAUUGAUGAACGUGGGCGAAGUGUUCUAGUAGCCUUAACAUCGUUUGGGACAAAAGGGUGCCCGGCAAAUGAAUUGGCAAGGUUCACGCGUGUGGACCACUACCUUCAACCAAUAUGUGCAUAUACAGGCGUUUGUUAUUCUCUUAUCGGUAGAGAUCUAUAG